AUGGCUGCUAUCCUCAUGUAUGGAGAAGCCUCAUCUAUGCGUGAAUCUGCAGAAAAUCUCAGCAUCCUGCUGGUGCUACUGGUGGUGGGCGGCAUCGUGGUGGCCUUGCGCUGCUGGCGUCACACCUUCAAGGGCGACUACAGCACCAAGAAGCACGUGUAUGGCAAUGACUACAGCAAGGCGGGGGUCCCGCAGCACCAUCCGCCCAUGGCCCAGAAGCUGCAGUACCCAAAGGACUCAGACGAUGAGAAGAAGCCGGGCCCCCUUGGCGGCGGCAGCUACGAGGAGGAGGACGACGAGGAGGGCGGCGGUGGGGGCUGCGGCGAGCGCAAACUGGGGGGCCCCCACCCCAAGUACGACGAGGACGCCAAGAGGCCCUACUUCACAGUGGACGAGGCCGAGGCCUGGCAGGACGGCUACGGGGACCGGACCCUCGGCUACCAGUAUAACCCCGAGCAGCUGGACUUGGCCGAGAACAUGGUGUCCCAGAACGAAUCAAUGUUAAAAAUACCAAAAUACCAAAAUACCAAAGCAGCAUGA